GGUUUUGUGUUGCCUAGACCACCAUAAAAUGCCAACAAAUGUUUUUUUCUUAAAAACUAUUCUAAAAAGUGAAGCAGCAUAAAAAUAAUUAUUGCUUAGUAAUAAUGAAAUUAAAAACACAUAUUUGUAAAAAGACUCCUGGGUCCAAUGGGAAUGGCGAUUAUCUGACACAAAACUCAAAUAUAACGAAGACAAACGCUGCAAAAGAAAAUAGUAAUAAUGAAAAAUCAUUGGAUAUUUUACCCUUAAGCUGUGUAGAUUGGAGCAGUAAUGAUGAUAUAUAUUUUGUGAGUGACGAUCAUCAGAUUUACAAAUGGAGUUCUCGCACAAGAGAUUCUUUAGAGGUGGCAAAAUUACCGGACGAUUUUAUAUCUACUGAUAUGCACUGGCUGUUAUUGGGUGGUCGUGGCAGCGGUGGUGGCAAGGGUAGCGAUACAUUGUUGAUAAGUAGUAAUGAUGGCAGAUUUAUUAUUUUAAAUAAAAGUUCUCGGGUAGAACGUAGUAUAUCAGCUCAUACGGCGGCCAUAAGUUCGGGUAGGUGGAGUCCGGAUGGAGCUGGUUUAUUAACGGCUGGGGAAGAUGGUGUCAUUAAAAUCUGGUCUAGGUCCGGCAUGCUACGCUCUACAAUCUUGCAAAGUGACGAAGCCAUACGUUGUGCUCGUUGGUCUCCAAAUUCAUCAUCUAUAGUGUUCUGCCAAGGAGGCCAUAUAUCGGUUAAACCUUUGGCGGCCAAUAGCAAAUUAAUAAGGUGGCGUGCACAUGAUGGUUUGGUAUUGUCUCUGAGUUGGUCUGCCCAGUCCAAUAUCAUAGCUUCUGGUGGUGAGGAUUUUCGUUUCAAAAUAUGGGACUAUCAAGGAGCCAAUCUUUUUAUAAGUUCACCUGAAGAUUAUGCUAUUACCUCAGUGGCUUUUAAUCCAGAAAAAGAUGUCUUACUUGUUAGCACUUUCAAUAUGCUUAAAUUAUGUUCAAGUGCAGGCUGGACUUAUAGUACCGCCCGUUUUAAUGAACCUUCAGUGGGUUCAUUUCAUACACUAUCUUGGUCUUCGGACGGCACACAAGUGGCUUGUGGUACUUCCACUGGCCAACUCAUUAUAGGUUAUAUUGUGCAAAAACAACUGAUAUCAAAAAAUCUAAAGGCCACUACGACGGGUCGUAAAUCCAUACGUAUGGAGGAUAUUGCUAACGGCAGCAGCGAUGCCUUAGAGUUUACUGACCGUGUCAUUAAUUUCGGGUUGGAUUACGGUCACUUAAUUGUGGCCACCUCAAAUCAAAUACACAUUUACAAUGAGAAAUAUAUAAAUACACCGAUCAUUAUAGAUGGUCGUACCGAUGUCAGAGUCAUUGAAGUGGGAAAGAAAUUCUUUAUGGUUCUGGACUCUACUUCAAUUUGGGUUUAUACUUUCACCGGUCGUUUGCAUCUUAAUCCCCGAUAUCCGGGUUCCCAGGCGCAGAUACCUUUGCUAAAUUGGCGUAGUAUUUCUUUGGGUUUAGAUACUUUGGUAAUUCGUGAUAAUUCCGAUAAUACCGCUCUUCAUAUCUUUGACCUAAUUCCCGGUGCUACCAGACAGUAUGAACCAUUUUCGCUGAAAGCUAAAACUCAAAUAGCAGAAAUUGCAGCCUGUCGUGCUGGCACCGCAGAUGAUCAGUUUGUGGUCAUGAUUGACAGCAACAGAGAACUUUAUAUAACGGAAACUCGUAAUUUAAAUGGCAAUAUAGCUGGAAUCACGGGAGCUACCACAGGAGAAGUUUAUAAAAUCGGUACCCAGGUUACAGCGGUAAAGUGGGCAAGUGAAUCAAAUAUUUUGGUUGGGGUACAUGAUGCCUGCUAUAGUAUAUGGUAUUGUCCUGGAGAGGGUGCCACGGAUCCUACAAUAAUUGCAUUGACCACAAUAACAAUAGAUGCAACGGAAUUUGGCAAAAAUAUUGUUAUCGAAACUUUCGAAGACGCCAUUGUCACUUUUCGUUGUUCGGGGGCUCUUUUGCCCAUCAGUAUUAAUAUGUAUUGUGAGAUUUUACAUCGCACUUUAAUGGAGUCCCACUGGCAACAGGCUUUGAAAAUAUGUCGCAUGGCUCAAAAUGCUUAUUUGUGGGCCACUCUAGCGGCCGUUGCCACCCGCAAAAAUCAAUUGCAAAUCAGCGAAGAAGCUUAUUCGGCAGCUUUGCAAAUCGAUAAAGUUAGCUACUUGCAGUACAUCAAAACGUUGGAACCCUCCAGUGCCGACUACAUGGCUGAAAAUUCGUUAAUGCUGGGCAGACUUGUCGAAGCAGAAACUAUUCUUAUACAUAAUCGUAAAUAUCGGGAAGCUGUAUGUCUCUGUAUGCGUAUGCAUAAUUGGCGUAAGGCUUUGGAAAUUGCUCAAAAACAUGAUACCGAACUUCUACAAUUAGUGCUACAACAACGUAUGAAAUAUUUAACGGCCUUGGGAAGGGAAGAAUGGGAUACCGUAUUCUUAAGUUUAGAUGUUAAAGACAAUAAUAUGAGUGAAUAA